CAGAAAAAAAUUACGUACAGUUAGUGAUCCCAAAAAAUGUCCCUGAAACUGAUCGUGUUGGCCGCACUGGUGGUAGUAGUUACCUCAUCCCCCACUCCAUUGCCGGGGUUAGGAUUAGGGGUACACACCAAAACAGGAAAACCAUGGUGGUCCGGAUGGAGCCGACACGACGGAAGCGCCAGGAAAGGUUCCCAGUCUGGCUUGAAGAUCGGAGGAGGUGGCUUCCUUAAUGACGAUUAUAAAUACCAUGCGGGUGACAACGUACUUCAACCUUUCGGUUACUUGGCUAAGGGAGUGACCAAUAUCGCCGGUGACGCGGGAGCCAUUUUGACUAAAAUCUCCCAUCUGAAAUACCCCGGCAACUUCGAUGACGCCAUCAACGUUAUCAUUGGUGUGGCUCGUGCGGCAAGAGGCAUCAUUAACACUCUAAUUCCUGGCCUUGGAUCGCUUUUUCAAAACAUUAUCAUCGCUAUUGCUAGGAUUGUCAUCUGCGUCGGCGGGUCACUUGGUGACAAAAAAGGUACCCCAGCGCUUUGCCAGAGCAAUUAUGGACAGCAAUGGGGCCUGUCUAGUUACACCGGUGGCUAUGCCAAUGCUGAAGUCGUCAUCAAGUUCUACAACCUUGUACAAGUUCAUUCCCAAGUGGACGAUAUCGUCGGAAAGUACACGAAUGGAAAAGGUGUCAGCUCUCUUUCAGGUACCGAUAAAAUCGUUGUGCAGUUGGUAAUCGAAUUGGGAGAUUUGAUCGACAAUAACAACGGUAAAUGGAGCCAUGAGGAUAUCGUUACAGCUUUCGUCAAGGUUUCGACCGUCAUCGGUGUUGUUGGUAACAGUUACGCUAGCGGACUUGGUGAAGAUCUUGUGGAUUCCGUAAUCGCCUACGCUGAAAGCAGUUUCAAGGCUCAAGGAUAUUCUGAUCUGGUUUCUUUGGGAUCGGAGAUAAAGAAGAGAAUUUCUGGAUACGGACAUUUCGACUUCAAUGGUGCCUUGAAAUCGGAUUCAAACAGCAGCAAUAGUUCCAAUGGCCAGUCUGGUAACAAUUCCAGCAGCUCAGACAACUCGAGCGACAACUCCAACGACAGCUCUGACAACAGUUCAAAUAAUUCAAACAAUUCAAGCUCUAGUAACAACUCCAACGACAAUUCAAACAGCAAUUCUAAUAACUCAGACAAUUCAAGUUCAAAUGGUAGUUCCAACAAUAGUUCUAGUGACAAUUCAAGUAACUCAAACAAUUCGAGUUCAAACGGCAGUUCCAACAAUGAUUCCAGUGGUAAUUCAAGUAACUCGAACAAUUCGAGUUCAAAUGAUAGUUCCAACAAUGGUUCCAGUAACAAUUCCAGCAACUCCGAUAAUUCAAGCUCAAAUGGCAAUUCCAACAAUGGAUCCAAUAGCGACAGCUCAAACAACAGUUCAAAUGGUUCAAGCAGUUCAAACAAUAGUUCCAAGAACGUACUUCGACCUUUUGGUUUCUUGGCUAAGGGAGUGACCAAUGUCGCCGGUGACGCGAGCGCCAUUUUGACUAGCAUCUCACAACUGAAAUUCCCCGGCACCUUCGAUGACGCAAUCAACGUCGUCAUUGGCGUGUCUCGUGCGGCAAGGAGCAUCAUUAACACUCUAAUUCCUGGCCUUGGAACAAUCUUUGGAAAUAUCGUCCUCGCCAUUGCUAGGAUUGUCAUCUGUGUCGGCGGAUCACUUGGUGGAAAGACAGGCUCUGCAGCACUUUGCCAGAAGAAUUACGGACAGCAAUGGGGCUUGUCUAGUUACACCGGUGGCUACGCCAGCGCUGAAGCCGUCAUCAAGUUCUACAACCUUGCACAAGUUCAUUCCCAAGUGGACGAUGUCGUCGGAAAGUACACGAAUGGAAAAGGUGUCAGCUCUCUAUCAGGCACCGAUAAAAUCGUUGUACAGUUGGUCACCGAAUUGGGAGAUCUAUUUGACAAGAACAGCGGCAAAUUCAGUCAAGAGGACUUCAUCACAGUUUUCGUCAAGGUUUCCACUGUCAUUGGUGUGGUUGGUAACAGUUACUCUAGCGGGCUUGGCGCAGAACUCGUUGAUUCCAUAAUCUCCUACGCUGAAAGCAGUUUCAAGGCUCAAGGAUACUCUGAUCUAGCUUCUUUGGGAGCGGAAAUAAAGAAGAGAAUUUCUGCAUACGGACGCUUCAACUUCAACGGUGCUUUAAAAUGGGAUUCAAACGGCAGCAGCAGUUCAAACAAUUCGAGCAACAAUUCUAACAAUAGCUCUAACAACAGUUCGAAUAACUCGAAUAAUUCCAGCUCAAACAAUGAUUCCAGCAAAAAUUCUAAUAACUCGGACAAUUCAAGCUCAAAUGACAGUUCCAACAAUAGUUCCAGUGGCAAUUCGAGUAACUCGAACAAUUCAAGCUCAAAUGACAGUUCGAACAAUAGUUCCAGUGGCAAUUCAAGUAACUCGGACAAUUCAAGCUCAAAUGACAGUUCCAACAAUAAUUCCAGUAACAAUUCAAGUAACUCGGACAAUUCCAGCUCCAACGACAGUUCCAACAAUGGUUCCACUAGCGACAGUUCUAACAACAAUUCAAAUGGUUCAAGCAGUUCGAAUUCCAACAGUGUACUUCAACCUUUUGGUUUCCUGGCUAAAGGAGUAACCAAUGUCGCUGGUGACGCGAGCGCCAUUUUGUCUAACAUCUCUCAUCUUAAAUUCCCCGGCACCUUCGAUGACGCUAUCAACGUCGUUAUUGGCGUGUCUCGUGCAGCAAGGAGCAUCAUUAACACUCUAAUUCCUGGCCUUGGAUCAAUCUUUGGAAACAUCGUCCUCGCCAUUGCUAGGAUUGUCAUCUGCGUCGGCGGAUCACUUGGUGGAAAGACAGGCUCUGCAGCACUUUGCCAGAAGAAUUACGGACAGCAAUGGGGCUUGUCUAGUUACACCGGUGGCUACGCCAGUGCUGAAGCUGUCAUCAAGUUCUACAACCUUGCACAAGUUCAUUCUCAAGUGGACGAUGUCGUCGGAAAAUACACAAAUGGAAAAGGCGUCAGUUCUCUAUCAGGCACCGAUAAAAUUGUUGUACAGUUGGUCACCGAAUUGGGAGAUCUAUUUGACAAGAACAGCGGUAAAUUCAGUCAAGAGGACUUCGUUACAGUUUUCGUCAAGGUUUCCACUGUCAUUGGUGUGGUUGGUAACAGUUACUCGGGCGGACUUGGUGCAAAACUUGUCGAUUCCGUAAUCUCCUACGCUGAAAGCAGUUUCAAGGCUCAAGGAUAUUCUGAUUUAGCUUCUUUGGGAUCGGAGAUAAAGAAGAGAAUUUCAGGAUACGGACAUUUUAACUUCAACGGUGCUUUGAAGUCGGACUCUGACUCAAACAACAGCAGUGGUUUCAACGGCCAGUCUGGCAAUAAUUCAAACAGCUCAGGCAACUCAAGCAAUAACUCUAACAACAGUUCAAAUAAUUCGAGCAAUUCCAAUGAUAGUUCUAACAACUCAAGCUCAAAUGACAGUUCCAACAAUAGUUCCAGUGACAAUUCAAGUAACUCGGGCAAUUCAAGCUCAAAUGACAGUUCCAACAAUAGUUCCAAUGGCAAUUCAAGUAACGCAAAUAAUUCGAGUUCAAACGACAGUUCCAACAAUGGUUCCAGUGGUAAUUCGAGUGACUCGAACAAUUCGAGUUCAAACGACAGUUCCAACAAUGGUUCCAGUGAUAAUUCAAGUGACUCGAACAAUUCGAGUGAUAGCUCUAACAACAGUUCAAAUGGUUCAAGCAGUUCGAACAACGUACUCCAACCUUUUGGUUUCUUGGCUAAGGGAGUGACCAAUGUUGCUGGAGACGCGAGCGCCAUUUUGACUAGCAUCUCCCAUCUGAAAUUCCCCGGCACCUUCGACGACGCCAUCAAGGUCGUCAUUGGCGUGUCUCGUGCGGCAAGGAGCAUCAUUAACACUCUAAUUCCUGGCCUUGGAUCAAUCUUUGGAAAUAUCGUCCUCGCCAUUGCUAGGAUUGUCAUCUGCGUCGGCGGAUCACUUGGUGGAAAGACAGGCUCUGCAGCACUUUGCCAGAAGAAUUACGGACAGCAAUGGGGCUUGUCUAGUUACACCGGUGGCUACGCCAGCGCUGAAGCCGUCAUCAAGUUCUACAACCUUGCACAAGUUCAUUCCCAAGUGGACGAUGUCGUCGGAAAGUACACGAAUGGAAAAGGUGUCAGCUCUCUGUCAGGCACCGAUAAAAUCGUUGUACAGUUGGUCACCGAAUUAGGAGAUCUAUUUGACAAGAACAGCGGUAAAUUCAGUCAAGAGGACUUCGUUACAGUUUUCGUCAAGGUUUCCACUGUCAUUGGUGUGGUUGGUAACAGUUACUCGGGCGGACUUGGUGCAAAACUUGUCGAUUCCGUAAUCUCCUACGCUGAAAGCAGUUUCAAGGCUCAAGGAUAUUCUGAUCUAGCUUCUUUGGGAGCGGAGAUAAAGAAGAGAAUUUCUGGAUACGGACAUUUCGACUUUAAUGGUGCCUUGAAAUCGGAUUCAAACAGCAGCAAUAGUUCCAAUGGCCAGUCUGGUAACAAUUCCAGCAGCUCAGACAACUCGAGCGACAACUCCAACAACAGCUCUGACAACAGUUCAAAUAAUUCAAACAAUUCAAACUCAAAUAACAACUCCAGCGACAAUUCAAACAGCAAUUCUAAUAACUCAGACAAUUCAAGUUCAAAUGGCAGUUCCAACAAUGGUUCCAGUGACAAUUCAAGUAACUCAAACAAUUCGAGUUCAAACGACAGUUCCAACAAUGGUUCCAGUGGUAAUUCAAGUGACUCGAACAAUUCGAGUUCAAACGACAGUUCCAACAAUGGUUCCAGUGGUAAUUCAAGUGACUCGAACAAUUCGAGUUCAAACGACAGUUCCAACAAUGGUUCCAGUGGUAAUUCAAGUGACUCGAACAAUUCGAGUUCAAACGACAGUUCCAACAAUGGUUCCAGUGGUAAUUCAAGUGACUCGAACAAUUCAAGUUCAAACGACAGUUCCAACAAUGGUUCCAGUGGUAAUUCAAGUGAUUCGAACAAUUCGAGUGAUAGCUCUAACAACAGUUCAAAUGGUUCAAGCAGUUCGAACAACGUACUCCAACCUUUUGGUUUCUUGGCUAAGGGAGUGACCAAUGUUGCUGGAGACGCGAGCGCCAUUUUGACUAGCAUCUCCCAUCUGAAAUUCCCCGGCACCUUCGAUGACGCUAUCAACGUCGUCAUUGGCGUGUCUCGUGCAGCAAGGAGCAUCAUUAACACUCUAAUUCCUGGCCUUGGAACAAUCUUUGGAAAUAUCGUCCUCGCCAUUGCUAGGAUCGUCAUCUGCGUCGGCGGAUCACUUGGUGGCAAGACAGGCUCCGCAGCACUUUGCCAGAACAAUUACGGACAGCAAUGGGGCUUGUCUAGUUACACCGGUGGCUACGCCAGUGCUGAAGCCGUCAUCAAGUUCUACAACCUUGCACAAGUUCAUUCCCAAGUGGACGAUGUCGUCGGAAAGUACACGAAUGGAAAAGGUGUCAGCUCUCUUUCAGGCACCGAUAAAAUCGUUGUACAGUUGGUCACCGAAUUGGGAGAUCUAUUUGACAAGAACAGCGGUAAAUUCAGUCACGAGGACUUCGUCACAGUUUUCGUCAAGGUUUCCACUGUCAUUGGUGUGGUUGGCAACAGUUACUCUAGCGGACUCGGUGUAAAACUUGUCGAUGCCGUAAUCUCCUACGCUGAAAGCAGUUUCAAGGCUCAAGGAUAUUCUGAUCUGGUUUCCUUGGGAUCAGAGAUUAAGAAGAGAAUUUCUGGAUACGGACGCUUCGACUUCAACGGUGCCUUGAAAUCGGACUCGAACAGCAGCAAUGGUUCCAACGGCAGUUCCAACAACAGUGCCAACUUGGGUGGCAGUUCCAACAAUGGAUUCCACAUCGGUGGCAGUUCCGACAAUGGACUCAACUUAGGUGGCAGUUCCAACAAUGGACUCAAUUUAGGGGGCAGCGGCAAAGCAAGCGGUAGUUUAGGUGGAAGUUUAAACUUAUGAGAACGUCAACUAUCCUGAUUUAUUGAUUACAGCUCCUCAUGUAAUUUAAUUGUGAAAUGUCUUUCAUUAACGAUAAGCGUACUUUUAAUUGAUUUUAUAAAAUUAAUGAUUUUAAACCAAAAACUUAUAGAAUUUUUGUUUAAUCCUCUUUUUCUAGUUUCUGCUAAUAAAUUUUGAUCAUAUCUUA